CAAGUUGAUUUUUUUCACUUUGCUUCCAGCCCUAAGGAUUAACAGACUAAUCUUUUUCACUGUUUAAAAUAUCGUAUGUGUGAACUAAAAAAAUAAUCAUCGGCCAGAUACUUAUCAGAAACAGAUAUUGAUAAAAGUACAAAUUACUAACAAAGCUAUUGGUAAAAGUAAUAACAAUUCUUAGACAUAAAGUGCUUAGCUUUGGCUAUUGACUUUAAAGAACCACAAUGCUUCUUGAACUUUUCGAAUCUCUGAAAGGCGUUUUGAAGUUAGACCCUUGUUGUAUUGAUAACAAUGUUUUUCGCUUACAUUAUAAAGUCACUGUUUUAAUGUUAGCUGCUCUCAGCCUAUUAGUCACUAGCUCACAAUUAUUUGGGGAUCCAAUCGAUUGUAUUAGUAACGAUGACAUUCCUCAUGAGCUGCUGGAUACAUACUGUUGGAUCCAUUCCACCUUUACUCUCCCGAAUGCUUUAAAUAAGAAAGUAGGAGUAGAGAUUCCUGCUCCUGGAGUUGACAAAUACACUCCCGGGGAAGACAGAGUGUAUCAUAUGUAUUACCAGUGGGUCUGUUUUGUUCUUUUUCUUCAAGCUAUUCUUUUCUACGUUCCUCGGUACUUGUGGAAAUCUUGGGAAGGCAAAAGAAUCAGAAGUCUUGUUAUGGAUUUUAACACUCCUGUUCUGACUCUGGACAAAAAGAAUGAGACAAAAGAUCUUUUAGUUGCCCACUUAAAGGAAAAUUUUAAUAACCAUGGAAUGUACUUUUUUUACUAUUUUCUCAGCGAAGUCAUGAACUUUGUUAAUGUAAUUGGGCAGAUGUACAUGAUAGACACUUUCCUCGGCGGUCAGUUCACCACAUACGGCAUACAGGUCAUACAGUUUUCUGAAAUGGAGCAAGAAGAUCGAGUAGACCCAAUGGUCAAAGUAUUUCCAAGAUUGACGAAAUGUACCUUCCAUCGAUACGGGUCAUCUGGUGACGUCCAGCGUCAUGAUGCUAUAUGUCUCUUACCACUUAAUAUCCUGAACGAGAAAAUUUACAUCAUCCUAUGGUUCUGGUUCGUCUUUCUGGCUGUCAUUUCGGGCAUUAUGCUGGUUUACAGGGUUACCAUCAUCCUCUGGCCUCGGUCUCGUCUUUUACUCCUCAGGUUCCGAGCUCGCCUUGCAAACAAAAGAAACAUUGAAAUCAUCAUCCAGCACUGUAAAAUAGGCGAUUGGUUUAUACUGGAUUUACUAUGUAAAAAUAUAGAUUCCUUGCAUUUUCGCGAUGUCGUUGCUGAUCUAGCUAAAGAACUGGAAGACAGCAAGCCGCUUCUCAACAAAGAAGACUUUAUGGCGAGAGGAGACUAAUCUUCUUGAGCAGAAGUCAGAGAAUACUGAUGUAAAACUGAUUCUUUUUUGUUGUUA